GUUUCAAAGCUCAGCAGCGCCUGCCAGUUGACCUUUCACCCGAGUCUGAGGUAGUUUCCUGUUUCGUCAUCAGACUGAGCCGGAAAGAGAUCGAACUAUAAGAGAUCGUCGUUGGAGAGACUUCUCAGGGGUCGAGAUGCCUGUGACAGUGGGAUCAUAUGGCCAGUCCCAGCCCAGUUGUUUUGACAGAGUAAAAAUGGGCUUUAUGAUGGGCUUUGCUGUUGGCAUGGCAGCAGGUGCACUAUUUGGCACAUUUUCUUGUGUCAGGAUUGGCAUGAGAGGACGAGAACUGAUGGGUGGCGUUGGCAAAACCAUGAUGCAGAGUGGUGGAACGUUUGGGACAUUUAUGGCUAUUGGCAUGGGAAUCCGCUGUUAACUUGAAUUUCUUUUAUUCUUUUUUUACCAUGAAGACUAAUGCCCCUGUUAGUCCACAUCCUGUUAUGUAAAAUAAGAAAACUUUGUACCAGGAAUAAGAUAAAAGUAUCUCAGCCCUU